AUGUUUCUCAAACGAAAUUUAUCGAUUCAUUGCAAAUCGGCUUCUAUUUUUAAUCCAAUACGAACAUUAUCAGCAGUUUCGCAACCAGAAAUUAAACAAGAAAAUAAUAUUGAAAAUGAUUUAAUAAUAGAAAAAGCGAAAAUUGAUGCGAAAAAAACACGUGGAUUGGUAGUUAAUAUGGGUAUGUCAUGGUAUAAAGCAUUUGAAAGUGAAUUUUCAAAAGACUAUUUUCUAGAAUUAGCAAAUUUUAUUGCUGAUCAACGUGAAAAACGUAUAGUCAUAUAUCCAAAACCACGUUAUGUAUUCACAUUUACACGUAUGUGUAAAUUGGAUCAAGUUAAAGUUGUUAUAGUUGGACAAGAUCCAUAUCAUGGACGUAAUCAAGCACAUGGUCUUAGUUUUUCAGUACGCAAAAAUAUUCUACCACCACCUAGUCUACAAAAUAUAUUCAAAGAACUUCAAAAUGAUAUACCUGAUUUUAUUAUACCAAACCAUGGAACAUUAUCUGGUUGGGCAACACAAGGUGUUUUAUUACUUAAUUCUUGUUUAACAGUUGAAAAAGGUCGAGCAAAUUCUCAUAGAGGAAAAGGAUGGGAAAUAUUCACAGAUACUAUUAUUCAAUAUCUCAAUGAUCAUUCAUCAAAUAUCGUCUUUUUACUUUGGGGUAGAGAUGCUCGAAUAAAAGGUGCUCAAAUUGAUAAAACACGCCAUCAUAUAUUAACAGCUGCCCAUCCAUCUCCAUUAUCUGUGUAUAAUGGUUUUAUGGGUUGUAAACAUUUUUCUAAAACAAAUGCUUAUCUUAAAGCUGCAGAUCUUUCAGAAAUCGAUUGGUCAUAUUUACCAUAUGAAGAUGAACUAUCAAUAAAAUAA